GCCUUUUAUGGGCCUGAAAAACAGGAUUCAAAGUCCAACAGGUGGUAAAAAUUGACAAAGCGCCAACUCAUGUAGUCCGUUAAGUGCCCUAUGGCUCAUGUGAAAGGGUUACUAGCGGGGGUAGUCGACUGAAGACUGUUAUGACACGGAGGUAAACGACCAGGUAGGGCCGGGGAAAUAACCCCAGCUCAGCCCGCCUCACAGUCAACCUUUGGGGCAGGAAUGUGAACGUAGACUCCAUUAUGGAGAUCCAUCAAGGAGCCAGGAAAGGCAAGCUUUCAAAAUGCUUUACUUGGAUUUGCAAGAGAAAGUCGUUGGCCUUAAGAAGAUGCUUGUCUGAUGUUUUAAGCACAUCUGGCUUAAGUAUAUCUUCAUCUGAAAGCUGGAAGUCAUUACUUUUGCCUAUACUGUUGUUCUGUGCCAUUUUGCUGGCUUUGGUCCUAUACGCUCAGGUGGAAAGACUGCACAGUUUUGUCUGUGGAAUCUUCAUUCCUCAAUACCACUAUCCCUAUGUGGUGCCACUCACCUUUGCACAGGUUCUGAUCAUCUCCCUGGCGUUGCUGGCCUUGCACGGCGUGUGCGUGAUCUCGUUGAGGCCGUACAGCCUUGGACUCGGGGAGCGCAUGCUGGUGCCCGCUGUGUGUGGCAGUGCCCAGGCUGUGCUGGAGCACUGGGCACGGGCCAAUGCCCACUCUGGGCUGUACCCUCUCUUCACACGACUGCUGCCAGUCCUCUGUGUAGUAUGGAGUCAUAUCUUCACACUGACUGCAACACCCUCUCUCUACCUAACGUGCUUACUGGCUGGUGUCACUCUGGGUUCCAUCACUAUAACAGUCGCAGUGGGCGUACAUUUUGUGGAGCCACUGGAGUGGGUGUACUCUCCUCUCAGCGUACUCCUACAUAGCUUCUCUCUCACCUGGAUGGCCAAAGUUGCAGAAGCGGAACGCCGCCACGCUUCUGUGUUCGAUUGCUACUUCUCCCUGGUGGUGACGCGUUGCUUUGUGCUGGGGUUCCUGAGUCUGCUGCACCCUGACGGACCGAGGGCCCUGGGCGAGGGAAACUGGCACAGUCUGCUCUUCCUGGGCUACCUACUGGCCAUCCUCCUGCUUGGAGCUUUACAGCACCUCCUAGUGGACAUGACUGCGUUAUACUUCUCCCCUCUGGCAGCUGCCUUGCUUUACGCUGCCCAUGAGCUGGCCCUUCCCUUUUACAGCCUGUUGUAAUGGGAUGGAAGAUAAAGACAACACAUGGCAGAAGGGCCAAAACCUUCAGAAACUAUUGGUUUGUUUACAAAGAGAGUGUUGAAAUGUCAAUACUUGGUGAAUGUUGAUGAAUCAAUAAGAACUUGACAAGUGUACAGAGUUGACUUGUUUUGGGAGAACUUGUCGGUGGUGACGUACGCUGGUCAUUCCUACCUUUCUGCCCACUUCCCAUAGCUCUUGAUGUUUUUCAAAUGUCUUUUAAAGUGGUGGGACAAACAAAACAAAAACAUUUGGACUCACAGAGUACUUUCAGAAUAGAGUACUUUCAAAAGUGUAACUUCACUGCAGAUAGAAGCCAUACAUUCCAGUCUGAUUUUCUGUACUUUUGCUGGCAGAAAGCACAGUUAGAUCAAAGCUAAAACCUAAGCUACAACAUUAUAUACAUGGCAGUGGCAACUGACUGCUACAAGCUAUGAUGAGUUGAUAUAUUGAAAAGUUAUGCUGUUUGAACAAUGUGUUUUUGCAACAAGUAAACCAUGAAGAAAAA